AUGGCCGCUUAUAAACCCCAGAGCAUGGUUUCCACCAUUCGUCAAUCCCCUCCCAUAGAUGUCACGACGCCUUACGACGCAAGCUGGGUUAAUGGAAAAGUGAUUCUCAUCACUGGCGGCGCCAGUGGCUUCGGCGCCGGCUUUGUACAGCAUUGGGCAAAACAUGGCGCGACAGUAAUCAUCGGCGACAUAGACAUUAAGAAGGGCGACGCCCUGUGUCGUGAGGUCAACCGCGAGCUGACGGGGAACAACAAAGCACAUUUCGUGCACUGCGACGUCACGAACUGGCAAUCACAGGUCAACCUCUUCAAGGAAGCCGUUCGACUGAGUCCACAUGGCGGACUGGACUGUGUCGUUGCAAAUGCAGGCAUCGCAGGGCCAGACGUGAUGCAAGAGGGCCACAAGCUCGAUGCCGCAGAGCCCCCGCCACCGAACUUCAAAAUCGUAGAUGUGAAUCUGACUGGCGUCCUCUAUACGACGCACCUUGCCUACUUUUGGCUACCCAAGAACCCUGGAUCCAAAGCGUGCAAUAUCGACGCGAAGCCAUCUUCCACGUCGCCGCGAGACCGACAUCUGCUAUUGCUGGGCUCUGUGGCCAGCCUGGCCCCGAUAGCCUUGCAGCCACAGUACGCAGCUGCGAAACAUGCCGUAUUGGGUCUGUUUAGGAGCUUGAGAGCCACAAGCAGUUUGCAGGGUGUACGGGUAAACUUGCUCUGCCCGUACUUUAUCGACACGCCCAUUGUCACCUUUCCAGCACGUCUUGUUCUUGCGGGUGGUGGGCUGGGACAGGUGGAGGAUGUCGUAGAGGCAGGGACGCGGUUCGUUGCCGACUCGAGGAUACUGGGAAGGAGCCUUGUUAUUGGGCCGAAGAUGCAUGUCAGGCAGAAUGAAACGGGCGAGUGGGAGCUUGUGACGCCCGAGACGGCUGGCAGCAUUGAGACGGCUGUGUUUGAGCCAUAUGCAGAGGACUGGGAGGACGUGGAUGCGUUUGACAGGAACAUUGUCAAGUUGCUCAACCUGGUGCAGAUUGGCAGGGGAUGGGCAGGGUGGGCGCAGGACAUUGCAAAGGCAGUGUGGUAUGGAAUGGGAUUGGGACGAUAG